ACAUUUGGAAUGUGAAGAUUAAUACAGCAUCUAACUGUCCUCAAACUAAUCAGUCCUAUCAAUUGCAUCUUUCUUUUACAUUCAUCAUCUCCCUCCGCAGAUAAUUGCAUUGAAUACAAAGGCUUAUAGCAAACCGAUCCCAGCUACCCAUUGCCACAAUGUUUCUCAAACGCAAAGCUUCCUGCUCGAGCGAAACCCUCCACGGCCGAAGCUUUACAACAGAUGUACCCCAUCAUUUGAAUAGUCGAACGAGGAAGAGAGUCCGUGACAAUCGGCCCGACCAGCAGACAGUAUAUGCAAAUACCUUGAGAAUACUCUAUCAAGCUCAGAAAGAGCCAACUCUAUCGUAUCCGUCCGACGAACCAUCACCAUCUAGCCAACCACCCUCAGAACCCGAGGCUUUGGAUCCGCGUCAACAGACCCUGCUCAAAUUCUUCCGACCUGCACCCGCUCCUUCUUCGUCUAUGCAAGCCGACACGGGACAUCAGAUCAAUAACAGCAAAGCUUCAAAAGUUGAUUCCCGGCCGGUUCACUCUGUUCCGAGAAAUGUCGACUAUGAUCUAACCAGUUGGAACAGUGGUUCGUCGACCCCUUCAUCAACUAGGAACAUGGAUAUGGAUAUGGAUUCGGAGUCGAGUUCAGGUUAUACCCCGGAGAAGAGAUGGGACGGUUGGAUAUGAUUCUGCUUCCAAUCUAUGCCAAUGCAUACAUCUCAUUUCCUUUGAUACCAGGGGUCGGCUGUGAUCCCUUUGGUUAUUUUUCGGUGGCGCUCGUGAAGCGAGUCACUUUUUUUUAUUCCCGGUACAUUUCUAACUUUUACAUGCUUAUUAUGCCCGAGUUUGGUGUGAAAUACCUUGGACAUGUUCAUGUGUCUUAUGUGUUCUGGAGUUAUCCGGUAUGGUUAUGGUUAUGGUUAUGUUAUGCUAUUUAGUUUGGUAUGAAUAUAUUGGUAGUAAACGAUGCUG